UAGAUUCAUUGAUUUGGAAACAUUAACCUGAGCUGUUACAACAGUAACUAUGUCAACUAUGAGAGAUGGGCGUGGCUUAAACAUGGAUGGUGCAACGGAGGAAGAUGAUUGGAUAGAGGCUGAGAUCCAAAGAGAGUUAGAUGCCCUUUCACCCUUGGAUGAUAGCGCCCUUUCUAGUGGAACACAGGAUGAAGAUGACAUCGUCAAUUUGGUAGAAGAUGGAGAGGAACCACCUCCCAAUGGUACUAUCCCAGAGUCAGUGACCCAGUUCUUACAAAGGGUCAAAAGCAGAGCACAAAAUGCACAGAUAGCAAUAGAAGAGUGCAACAACCUCUUAGAAUCAUCACACAAAGUGACUGAUGAUGAUGAUGUAGAGAACUUUGCCUAUAAGUCUAAGGAGUUGAAUGAUUUAGCUUUCCAGUUAGGUGAAGAUCCUGAGGAGCUCAGAGAUAGGGUCAUCCAUGAGCUUGAAGAGGCUGACAGGAAGGACUUGGAAGAUUAUGAAGGUCAAAGGUCAGAGGGUCAGGUCAAUGGAUUGGAUCUUGUUCCUGUUCUUGAUGAGGAGAGUGGAGCUGUAAUGGUCUACACGGACGUCAACAAGUUUGAGCAAGAUUUGAUGGAGAAAGUCCAGGCUCUAGAGGGUGUCCUUCAAGAACGAGAAGAGAUUGAGACCAGAGAACGAGAGGAAGCGCGCCGGACCAUGGCGAUCCUUGACCAGAACGCUGAAAAGCUUCGUCAGAAGAAACAACAGGAAAACGACGAGGAACAGAGAAAACUAGCACAAGAGAGAAGGGUCAUACAGGCAAGAAUGGAAGAAGAGAUUGCUAAUGAAACAAGACAAACACAAGAAGAGUUACAGCAAUAUCAGCGUCAGAUUGAUGAGUUAUCCAGACAGACUGCUCAAGAGAGGGCGGUGUUUGAGCAGGAACAACAUCAAGAGAUACAGAGACAACACACCAAGAAACAUACGGCUGCUACAACUAUACAGGCAGCUUUUAGAUCAUACAGGGUGAGGAAGCCAUACAAAAAGAAGAUGAGAUUGAUUCAAGAAGGACUGAAGGAGAAACGAGAGAAUGAACGGCAGAUGGAGAUUGUUCUCAGCAGGAAAAGAAAAGAAGAGCAGAAACGGAAAGAGAAACUUGAAAAGAUGAAAAAAGAAGAGGAAGAAAGGAAAAGACAUGAGGAAGAGGAAAAAAGGAAAGAAGAGGAGAGGCUAGAGAUAGAACGACUGGAGAGGAUAAAGCUGAAGAAGGAGAAGAGAGAGAAGGAGAGGUUGGAGAAAGAACGGCAGAAGAGAGAGGAAGAAGAGGCAAAGAAACAGGAGGAGCUAAAGAAACAAAGUGAAGAGAUCUUGAAGCGAAUCUUGCCUGAUCAUCAGCCAAAGGCAAUCGAAGGAAGACCUGAUGCAGGUGAUCCCAAUCUGCAGGAUAAAGAAGGAACUUCCAAUGCGUCUGCUAGGCAGCAAGGAAGCUCUUCGACUGAUAUUACCAAUGAUAGUACUAAUAAUGAGACCCGUACAAAUGAAGAACAGACUGUUAGUCUUAGAGAGUCUGUGUUUAUCACUGAAAAAAGUACCAGUUUUGUUGGAGAGCCAUCUUCUGAAGACAUUCAAGAUUUGGUGAUUGAUGAGGUCAAAGGUCAGGAAAGGACAUGUGAAGUUCUUGAUAGUUCUGUGCAUGAUGGAGGAUUGGGGAAGAUGUCUCAUCGUCACAUGAAAACAUCUCAGAAAAGCUUAGAUGAUAAGAAGGUUGAGGUAGGGAUGCACCAGUUAUCAGAACAGCAAAGAUCAAUGGCUGAAGAAAGUUCUGGAGGUGAAAAAUCAAAAGCGGAAAAUAAAUCAAUUGUGAGUCAUUAUUCUACUGACACUGUGGAGUUGAGUGUGUCUGGGAAAGUAAUGCAAAAUACGGUUAAAGAAAAGGAAGACCUGAGCAAUGCAGCUUCAAGGAAGCCAAAGGCCACUGAGGAUAUCACUUCUGCGAGCCUAGCUGAGACUGCUACAUGCCAGCAGACAGAUGUGCCCCUAAAUUCAGAUACUGAUAAAUUACCAUUGCAAAGUCAAGGAGAUACUAGUGAUAGUUUAAAAUCCAGAAAUGUUAAUGUGGCAGAGCAAAUAAAGACUGAAAAGCAGAUGGACUGCUCUUUGAUAGAACAGCAGAAGGAAGGAAGAAGUUCAGAAGGCACCUCACAAGGAGAUUGUUCAGGAGAAAUGUCCAACAUGAUGGAGCAUCGCCCUCUUGUGGGAGAUCUUGAACAACGUCGUCUACAGUGGAUCCAAGACUGCAUAUCCUUGACGAAACUUGCCAGUAGAGCUAAACUUGCUAGUACAUCCACAAAACCUAGGAGACAGCUCCGUAGACCAGCUUCAGCCAAGAAGAUCCAGGCCCUGUCAGAAGACCAGAUCAAAGCUGUGUCACCAUCACAUGUUCCCUUAGACCAGGUGACUACUGUCAAGUUGAAAGACCUUCCAGGCAGCUCGCUGACCUCUCUCACAAAAUGUCAAAGGUUAAAAACUUUGAACCUGAACAACUGCGGAGUCCCAGCCCUGGAAAGCCUUGAUGAGAGCCCUGAUAUCUUAUGGAUUGAUGUAUCAUAUAACAAGAUAGAGAGUAUGUUAUGUAGAGACAGGAGAUUUCUUUGUGGUUUAGAUGUAUCAUGGAAUAUUCUAGCCUCAUUACAAGGAAUAGAAGGAUGUAGCCAGCUUAGAAAACUCAAUCUUAGUCAUAAUAAGAUUACUAGAAUAAGUGGUGUUGAAACACUUCUUUCUUUGACCCAUCUUGAUCUGAGUCACAAUCAACUGGUCAAUGUCUCUGGUUUGACCUCUUUAGUCCAUCUCCAAGACCUUAACUUGACCUCUAACCAUCUCAGCAGUGUCCGAGGGCUUGACCAAUGUCCGCUCUUACAGAGGCUGGACCUCAGCUCUAAUUCCCUUUCACAGAUUCCUAACCUAUCCAACAACGUCCUAUUACGCUCCUUGUCACUAGCAGGGAAUAGUCUUUCAUCACUGGGGGAUUUUACAUCAGUCUGGCUCCCUCUAUUGUUACAUCUAGAUCUUAGUCAAAAUGGGUGAGUUCAAAAGCCUUGCAGUGUGUGAUGUUAAUCUUGA